AUCAACAAAAGAAAAAUAGCGUAGCAAGCAUAGCUUCAAAUAUUUGAAAAAGUUUCUCGCUUCCCACGUUUGGCAACCACAUCGAAGAGAUCCCUGCGCCUUCGUACAGAUCUUUAAGAUUGUAAAGAUGGAUCCAAACGCAGUUAAGUCCACUCUGUCCAAUCUGGCAUUUGGAAACGUAAUGGCUGCAGCUGCUCGCGAUUAUCAGAAGGAAUUGCUUGCUCAAGAGAAGGCACAGGCAUCAAAUUCUGUUAAUCAAGAGGUUGACCUCGAUGAGUUAAUGGAUGAUCCUGAGUUGGAAAAAAUGCAUGCAGAUAGGAUUGCAGCUCUUAAGAAAGAAGCAGAGAAACGGGAGGCAUGGAAGAAGAAAGGUCAUGGAGAAUACAGGGAGAUAACCGAGGGGGAUUUCUUAGGCGAAGUCACUGGGAGUGAAAAAGUGAUUUGUCACUUCUACCAUAAGGAGUUCUAUAGAUGCAAGAUAAUGGAUAAGCACUUAAAGUCCCUUUCUCCAAAGCAUAUUGAUACAAAAUUUAUCAAGCUUGAUGCAGAGAAUGCGCCAUUCUUUGUUGCAAAACUAGCUGUCAAGACUUUGCCCUGUGUCAUACUGUUCAGACAAGGAGUAGCUGUAGAUAGAUUGAUAGGAUUUCAAGACCUGGGAGGAAAAGAUGAUUUUAUGUCAAAAACACUGGAGGCUCUGCUGAUAAAAAAAGGCGUUAUUGAGGAGAAGAGGGAUGAGGAUGAUGCAGACGAUUCAUAUCAUGAAAAUAAACAUAGAGCCAUUAGAUCCUCCGUAAUUGCUGAUUCUGAUUCUGAUUAACUUUAAUCAGCUGGUGGCAUCAUAAAAGAAGAAUCUGCAGUUUAUCUUGUUCAUAUUUUUUUGGAUUUUGGGCUUGUAUAAUCGUUGUUACAUUUUUAGUUUGUUUGCUUUUGGGAAGGGGUUUGAAUCCAUGUCUAUUAUACAGGAACUCUACCGUUGUAUAACUAUUGCAUGAACCUGUUAUUUAAGGACUCACUCCUAGUAGGAUAUUGCUAACAGUUCUACCAUUUAAAGAGUGUCAAAAGAUAGAACUAAGAUCUAUAUUUGUAACGGAAGAAAUUGAUAUAGAUCUAAAAUGGAUUUAAUUUUUGUCCAUUGUGAGUGCAUUAGGACCCAUUAUUGUCUAUCAUUGUACC